CUCAACGUGAUGUUUUUCCUCUCCUUUCCUCCCCCCCAGUUCAUGGACUGCUUCAUGAUCGGCCGUGACCUCGUGCGGCUCCUGCAGAACGUGGCCAGGAUCCCUGAGUUUGAGCAGCUCUGGAAGGACAUCAUCCACAACCCACAGGUGCUCAGCACGCAGUUCACAGGUGUCCUACAGCUCCUCCAGUCCAGGACCUCGCGUAAAUUCCUGGCGUGCCGCCUCACCCCCGACAUGGAGACCAAACUGCUCUUCAUGACCUCGAGGGUGCGGUUCGGGCAGCAGAAGCGGUACCAGGACUGGUUCCAGAGGCAGUACCUGUCCACCCCUGACAGCCAGUCCCUGCGCUGCGACCUCAUCCGUUACAUCUGCGGCGUGGUGCACCCGUCCAACGAGGUGCUCAGCUCCGACAUCCUGCCUCGCUGGGCCAUCAUCGGGUGGCUGCUCACCACCUGCACGUCCAAUGUUGCUGCUUCGAAUGCCAAACUGGCUCUGUUCUAUGAUUGGCUCUUCUUCAACCCUGAGAAGGACAGCAUCAUGAAUAUAGAGCCUGCCAUUCUUGUGAUGCAUCACUCCAUGAAGCCUCACCCUGCCAUCACCGCCACGCUGCUGGAUUUCAUGUGCCGGAUCAUUCCCAACUUCUACCCCCCGCUGGAAGCUCACGUUCGGCAGGGGGUCUUCAACUCCCUCACCCACAUCGUGGAGAAGCGCGUCCUCGCCCACCUGGCCCCUCUCUUUGACAACCCCAAGCUGGACAAAGAGCUCCGAGCCAUGCUGAGGGAGAAGUUCCCAGAGUUCUGCAGCUCCCCCUCGCCCCCCAUUGAAGUCAAAAUUGAGGAGCCCGUUUCCAUGGAGAUGGACAAUCACAUGUCAGACAAAGAUGACAGUUGCUAUGACAACGCCGAGGCUGCGUUCAGUGAUGAUGAAGAGGACCUGAAUAGCAAAGGGAAGAAAAGGGAGUUCAGGUUUCAUCCGAUCAAAGAAACCAUUGUGGAGGAACCUGUGGACAUCACGCCGUUCCUGGACCAGCUGGAUGAGUCUCUGAAGGAUAAAGUUCUGCAGCUGCAGAAGGGGAGCGAUACGGAAGCUCAGUGUGAGGUCAUGCAGGAAAUCGUGGAUCAAGUCCUGGAGGAGGACUUUGACUCCGAGCAGCUAUCGGUGCUUGCCUCCUGCCUCCAGGAGCUGUUUAAGGCUCACUUCCGCGGGGAGGUUUUGCCAGAAGAGAUCACAGAGGAGUCUCUGGAGGAGUCGGUGGGGAAGCCACUCUACCUCAUUUUUAGGUCGGUCUGCUCUGAGGUGGCCCAGGCAGGGCUUUCUUGUGUCCCAUCCCAGUGUCCCGUUCCCAGUGUUUGUCCUGCCCCAAUAUCCCAUCCCCAGUGUGUGUCACGUCCCCGGUAUCCCCAUAUCCCAUCCCCAGUGUGUGUCCCACCCCAGUAUCCCCAUAUCCCAUCCCCAGUGUGUGUCAUGUCCCCAGUAUCCCCAUAUCCCAUCCCCUAUAUCCCAUCUCCAGUGUGCGUCACGUCCCCAGUAUCCCCAUAUCCCAUCCCCAGUGUGUGUCCCACCCCAGUAUCCCCAUAUCCCAUCCCCUAUAUCCCAUCCCCCAUAUCCCACCCCCAUGUGUGCCCCAUCCCAAAUAUCCCGUCCCGAAUAUCCUAA